AUGCCGCGUCUUGCGGUGCUAGGGCUCGAGGGCCAGAAGUCGGCGAUUGUGGAGCAGUCGGGAAGCGAGUACGAAUUCAACAACGGUGAUCACAAGGGUGAAAAUCGGGCAGCGGUUGAGUGUCAUUUUCUCAACAACAGAGCCACGAUGGACGACCUGACGGAAAAGUCGUGGCUCUUCAAAACGGCCAAGAAUGAGAGCUACACACCGGCGCUGCAGCAACCGACCAAGACGGCUGCAGAAUACAUCGGCGGCUAUAACAGCGCCGGAGUCAUGGCCAAGGGCUGGAAGGAGGAUCCCAACUACACGAUGACUUUGGCAGGAUUGAAGCAGUGGAGUCAGGACUUCCUGAAGGAAUUCCCUGCCUACCGAGCCACGUCGUGGAAUUGCCAGAAAUACUCCGUGGGAGUCUACAAUGCGGUCACGCAUUCCGACAAGUGGGAGAAGCAGGCCAUCAUAUCAGGCAUCGGCAGGCCCUUUGAGAACUUGUUCUCUGGCAGUUCACGAUCAAGCAACAUCAGCAACAACAUCAACGAAAUCGUCGGUGAUGUCGGCAAGAAAAAAUAG